AUGGUAGGAGACUCAGAAAUAGAAUUAUCUUCUCUGGAUCGUACAUCAGAUUUGGACCGUGAUGAGAAUCCCGUGGGGUCAUCGGUAGAAGAUGAUGAUGGUUUGGAACCUGUUGUGUUGUGGGUUCCCAGCAGACGUGGUCUCAUCUCUGGACUGCUGGGACUGAACAUAGUGCUCUUCGGUGGCUCUCUGGUGACAGGAGAUGCUUUCCAGCCUGUGAGAUUUAUGGAGCCUGCGGUGUUUGUGUUGGUACUGAUGGUACUGAGCUUGAUGUGGAUGCUCUGGUACCUGCUGUGGGCUCGCAAACAGCCGGAUAUCAGUCCCCAUACGGACCAUCAUGCAGGAGGUGCUACUGUCACAGGGGUCCUGAUCUUGUUUGCGGGUUGCAGUCUGUUGUUGUGUGUAUUCAUGAUGGGUUACAACAUUGUCUUGAGUUCGUGCCUCUCGACCAGUAAACUUUUAUUGCCCUUCUUUGAGACACCGUUCCUGUUCAUGCAGACGUAUUUACUGUGGGCUCAUUCUAAAGACUGUAUUCACAAACACACCAUUCUCACCAGAUGCGGGCUGAUGUUGAUUUUGAGCACAGAUGUGUUGCUCUGGUUGAGAGCAGUCACAGAGGACACCAUUCAUAUGGAGAUCGAGAUGGAGAAACAGAUCACAGAUGACAUCAAUAAAACAGAUUUGGAUAAUGACACUUUGUGCCGUUGUGCUGCUCAUCCCGCGUGUGUUGUUCUGAGGAAAGGUUAUGAAGUCUUGUACCCGUUCAACAUGGAGUUCUGUCUUCUGGCUGGCAGUAUGCUGUACGUGAUGUGGAAGAACGUGAGCCGUCACAUUACUGGUGCACACCAGGCUCAUGACAUCACACUGAACAUGAUGCGGCGUGGUGGGAUUCUGCUGGGACCCGUGCUGGGUUUACUGGUGCUGCUGACGGGCAGCACUGUGUUUGUGCUCUACCAGAUGUGGGUCGGCCAACAGUCCCGACGUGACACCGCCUUCCUGCUGUUUUACACUUUCCACCUGGGUUUGAUUCCCAUCAUGGUGCUGAGCUCUUUAUCAGGUGCCAUAAUACAGAGAACUCAGAUGAAGGCUGACGGGCACAGCGAUGAUGUAAAACACGAGCUGGCACAAAUGAAAAAUCCCACCCGCAGUCUGGAUGUGGUGCUGCUUUUGGGGGCAGCAUUGGGGCAGCUUUCUCUCUCGUAUCUAUCGCUAGUGGCCGGGCUGUCUCUGGGGCCCAACAGCCUCAUGGGAAAGCUGGACCUGUCAUUCUCCAUGCUCAGCCUGCUGGAGCUCCUGGUGCAGAAUGUGUUUAUCAUCCAGGGACUACAAACACACAACCACGUACACGCCAAGAGACUGGAGCAAAACUCCAAAGGACAGCCGGGAGAGAGGGGCCCGGUUCCAAUAGGAAGUGAUGUAAUCUUUGGGGAAGGAUAUGACUCUCCUGGCCAACAGAAGUAUGGUGAUCAUCAUAACUGGAGCAGAAGGAUUAUCAAAGAGAUCUGUGCAUUCCUCAUUCUCUCAAACAUCAUGCUCUGGGUCAUUCCAGCGUUUGGUGCUCACCCUCAGUUUGAGAAUGGAGUUGGGAAAGAGUUCUUUGGGUUUAUGGCCUGGUUUGUGCUAAUGAAUCUGGGUCAGCCGCUUAUCGUGUUUUACCGCAUGCAUUCUGUGGGCGUCCUAAUGGAGAUCUUAAUAUCUGCAUAG